AAGAAGAAGAAGCAGCAGAAACUCGAUCAUGCAAAAUCUUUCAGGAUGGGUACCCAAGUGAAAGAUGUCAUCAUUAAGCCCGACGCUCCCAGCUCACUGUUGCUGGACAAACAUGCAGACUACAUCGCUGCCUACGGCUCCAAAAAAGAUGAUUAUGAGUACACAUUGUCCGAGUACCUGAGGAUGAGCGGUAUCUACUGGGGGCUGACGGUGAUGGACCUGAUGAGCCAGCUGCCCCGCAUGAACCGGGAGGAGAUUAUAGACUUCAUCAAAGCCUGUCAGCAUGAGUGCGGAGGUAUCAGCGCCAGCAUCGGACACGACCCCCACCUUCUGUACACCUUGAGCGCUGUCCAGAUCUUGUCAUUAUAUGACAACGUGGACGCGAUUGAUGUGGACAAAGUGGUGGAAUAUAUCAAAGGGCUGCAGCAGGAAGACGGCUCAUUUGCAGGAGACAAAUGGGGAGAAAUAGACACAAGGUUUUCCUUCUGUGCUGUUGCUACACUUGCGUUACUGGGCAAGAUGGACCAGAUAAAUGUUGACAAAGCUGUAGAGUUCGUCUUAUCCUGUAUGAACUUUGAUGGAGGUUUUGGCUGCAGACCUGGUUCGGAGUCUCACGCUGGUCAGAUUUACUGCUGCACUGGCUUCCUGUCGCUCACCGGGCAGCUGCAUCAGGUGAAUGCCGACUUGCUUGGCUGGUGGCUCUGCGAGAGGCAGCUGCCGUCCGGGGGCCUCAACGGACGACCUGAGAAGCUUCCAGAUGUGUGCUACUCGUGGUGGGUGUUGGCGUCGCUGAAAAUCAUCAAUAGGAUUCACUGGAUCGACAAGGCCAAGCUGCGAACGUUCAUCCUGGCCUGCCAGGACGAGGAGACGGGAGGUUUUGCCGAUAGACCAGGAGACAUGGUGGAUCCUUUCCACACUCUGUUCGGAGUUGCAGGUCUGUCGCUCCUUGGAGAUGAACAGAUCAAGCUGGUGAAUCCGGUGCUGUGCAUGCCCGAGGACGUCCUGCAGAGGAUCGGACUGCAGCCGGAGCUCCUGAGCUAGCCCUCUGACACUGUCGUUCCACCAUCGCACUCUCGUACACACUCUCUCUCACACACACUGACACACACACUGACAAUGCCCCGCCUAACACCACACCAGCUACCGCUGCUGGAUGUUGGGAGCAGAGUGAGGACCACCACACAUCGUAGUGUUAGCUGAAGUCUACAGACACAUUUUGGAUGCAGGUUUCGUUCAAUAAGGACAAAAAUCUUAAUGCAGUUCUGACUCAUUUCCUCUGAGCCUUUCUGUCUUUAAACACUCAACCGCUCUUAUCACGUCAGUUUUCUUGGGUUCUCUGCAAGACAAAGGGGUGAUUUUAAGAAAUGUUAUUAGACAUUUUUUUUGAAGGAACAAAAGAGAGAUGUUUUGAAUUACAACCAUCGUUGCAAAAGCCCAGAAAUCCUUAAACAACAUUCCAUUACUUUUGUUCACUUUGUCAGUUUGAGGGAAAACGUAACUGUUAGCACAGGAAACAGUUGUGGAAAUAUUUCAGUCUCUUAUCUCUUUCUUGCUCUCAUCACCUUUUCAGCCUGUCAGCUGGCCAAGGAAGUUAUUACUGCCAUCAGUUUUUCUGGCCAUAGACAGAGGAAGAGGCACCAAUUUCUUCCUCUUUUGUUCUGCUUGGCUUCAUUAUCGUAUUUGUUACCUGAGCGACUGAGGAAUAUUCUGUUUUACUUGACAGAUUUGUACAUUUGACCUUGAGGGAGUAGAAGGAUUAUGUGUGGAAACGAUCAGCGUAAUUCAGCUGAAAGGUGAAAAUUAGGUUUUGUUUUUCAUAAGACACUCGACUGUUUGUUAGUUAUUUGGUUUAAAGGCACCUCGUCUCUUUGUUUUUUGUUUGUUUUUGUUUUUUUGUUGUUUUUUUGGAGCCUUUUCCUGCACUACCAGUUUCAAAUAAAAGAACUUCCACAUUUGAAAAAUAAGAAUGUGAGAAGGA